AUGGAGGAGUCCCCGGACACCGACGCGGCGUGCCCAGAGGUGGACGAGGACGGGUUCAGCGUACGCCCAGACGUCGCCCACACGGAGGCGGAGCACCACAGCUGCUCCUCCAGCGACUCGGACUACGACGAGGACGAGCCCCGCAGGUUCCACGUGCACAUCAAACCCGUACAGCCCCGCGAGGGGGGGGGCAGCGCCGGGGCCACCGUGGAGCAGCUGAGGGCCACCGUGGGGACCUUCAUCCUGCCACCCGGCGUGGGGGGCACCGUCAGGCGGCAGUCGUCACGGCACACAGCGGCUUUGUCCGCAGCCCCAAGUGCCGCCGAGCCAGGGGGGCCGCAGGUGCCAGGUGACAGCGCGAGGAGGGGACACGCGGUGGCACAGGCGAGCAGCUGCCCUGGGAAGGUCCCGGUGGACGCGGUGCCCCCCGUGGAGGCAGUGCCCCCCGCCGCGCUCUUCGGGCCCCCCCUGGAAUCAGCCUUCGAGGCGGAGGAUUUCCCGGCGCCCCGUUCCUACGUCCUGACCUCCUCCUCCUCGCCCUUCUCCUCCUCGUCUCCGGAGAACGUGGAGGAUUCGGGUUUGGACUCCCCCUCGCACCCCGCGCCCGUCCCCUCCCCGGACUCGAGGCCGUGGACUCCGCCGGCGCCGCAGAGCCCCCUCCCCAAGCGGGGGGCACUGCCAGACCCCUCCCCAGCGCAGCCCUCGGCCUGGGCACCCCCCCGGCCCCGCAGCCCCGGGGGCCGCCUGCCCGAGCUGCCCGGCUUCGCUGUGUUCCCCGGGGCUGAGGGGCUUUGGGAGGAGGGGGACGGGGGGGGUGCGACGUCCCGGGGACGGCCCCGUGGCGCUGCCCCCCCCCCGCAGCCCCCCUCGCCCGACCCUUUCGGGGAGCCCUGGGCCCGGCCCCGCAGUCCCACCGGGGAGCGGCCCCCCCAGCCCCGACCUUCCUCCAACUCGGCCUCAUCCUCCUCCUCCUCUCCGGCCCCCCCCAGCGGGGGGGAGUCCUCCAGCCCCUCCCCAUGGACGUGCCCGGGGCUGGGGACGAGGACGCCUGAGGGUGGCACCGCGGCGGCCCCCCCCGAGUCGGGUGAGUUCUGUGGGGCUUCCCCUAAAUUACCCCCAACUCUGUCCCCCAGUCACCCCCAGCUCUGCCCUGAGUUACCUUUUCCCCUGCCCCUAUAUCACCCCCAGCUCUGCCCCCAAAUCACCACCCCGCUCUGCUCCCAAAUUGCCCGUAGCUGUGCCCCCCCCCCAGCUCUUACCAACCCCAUGCAUACCCCUACCUCUCAUUACCCCGGUGACCCCCUGACCCCCUCUGUACCCACAGCCGCCCGCCCCCCCGCCGCCGCCCCCCGCGAGGUCCCACUGGUGGCCCCCCCUCGCCGCUCCCGGACGAAGCGCCCAGCGGCCGGCCCAGCUGCAGGCAGCAACAGCGACCUGCUGCCUGGUGAAGGUGACGGGGGAGCUCACCAUGUCCUUCCCCGCCGGCAUCGUGCGCGUCUUCAGCGGCAGCAUGGCCCCCCCCGUGCUCAGCUUCCGUCUGCUCAACGCCGGCGCCAUCGAGCAGUUCCUGCCCAACGCUGAGCUGCUCUACAGCGACCCCUCCCAGAGUGACCCCAGCACCAGGGACUUCUGGCUGAACAUGGCCGCGCUGACGGGGCAGCUGCAGAAACAAGCGGAGCAGAGCCCGACCGCCUCCUACUACAACGUGGCUCUGCUCAAAUACCAGUUCUCACGGCUGGGCCCCGGCUCGGCCCCACUGCGGUUGUGCGUGCGCUGGGACUGCGCGCCGGGAGCCACGCGGGUCAGCGUGGAGUACGGGUACAACGCGGGCGCGCUCGCCCUGCCCGUGCCCCUCGCCAACGUCCACGUGCUGCUGCCCCUGGACGAGCCCGUCACCAACGUGCGGCUGCAGCCCAAGGCCAGCUGGAACCUGGAGGAGAAGAGGUUGCUCUGGAAGCUGCUGGACGUCCCCAGCGCACCGGGGCAGGGAGGCUGCGGGCGGCUCUCGGCCAGCUGGCAGCCGCUGUGCGGGCCCAGCAAGCCCAGCCCGGUGGCAGCGCAGUUCAGCAGCGAGGGCAGCACGCUGUCGGGCGUCGAGGUGGAGCUGGCGGGCGCCGGGUACCGCAUGUCGCUGGUCAAGAAGAGGUUCGCCACGGGGAUCUACCUGGCAGGGUCCUGAGCCGCCUCUUCCCGGACCCCCAGACCCCCCCCCCUUGGUUGUGUGAGCUCAAAGCACUGGAUGGAGCCUGGUGGGAGGGGGUGCCUUCCUCCUCCUCCUCCUCGCUCCUGUUCCUUGCCCCCCCCCCCCCCCUCUGUGUCA